AUGAACGGUGUUGUCGUUGAUAAGGAAUGCAAGGAAAAGGCGGGAAUACUAGAAAGACACAAUGCAGUUGACGUCGGCGCCAAUAGAGAGGACCCCCCCAGAUGGCAGCACUCCGACCAAAACAGACUGUCCACGCUGCCGACUGGCGACCGCUCGAACCUGCUCCGGUCGCAUGCGGCCAAGUCGGCGGAGUGCGGCCACAGCUCCCCGCGACCGCGCCGGCCGCCGCGCGAGUCGCGGCGCAUCUCCCUCGCGCAGGCGCCUGGAUACGUGCAGCUUAACCAGUACAGACUGCUGGAACCUAUCGGACAGGGUUCGUAUGGCAUCGUCAAGCUAGCUUACAAUGAAGAAGACGACACACACUAUGCCAUGAAGAUUCUGUCCAAACGCAAGCUGAUGCGGCGGGCGGGGCUAUUCGGGAGGGCGCCACCCCGAACGGGGCCCCGGGGCCCACCCCCGGACCCCCUGCAAAGGGUCUACCGCGAGAUCGCAGUGCUCAAGAAACUUGACCACGCGAACGUAGUUAAAUUAGUUGAGGUCUUAGACGACCCAGCGGAAGACCAGCUGUACCUGGUAUUCCAACUGCUGGAAGGAGGACCAGUGAUCGACAUCCCCACGGAUAACCCACUCAGCGAACAGCUGGCCAGGAGAUACUUCAGGGAUGCCUUGCUAGGAGUAGAAUACUUACACUACCAGCGUAUAGCACACCGCGAUAUAAAGCCGGCUAACCUCCUGCUCGGCGAGGGACGGGUCCAGGUGGCGGACCUGGGCGCGUGCGGCGAACUGGCGGGUGCCGGACGGCUCACAGGCGCCGUAGGCACGCCCGCCUUCAGGGCCCCCGAAGCUGCGGCCAACGCUGACAAGUACAAUGGAGAGGCAGCCGACAUUUGGUCUCUUGGUGUGACUUUAUUCGCUAUGGUGACGGGACGCGUACCCUGGAUAGGGCCCACGGCGACGGACCUGCAGCGAAGGGUGCUGGAGGAGCCCCUGGCCUUCCCCGCACGCCCACAGCUGACCAGGUCGUUAAAGGAUCUGCUACAUAAGAUGUUGGAUAAGAACCCCGGCAGUAGAGCUACUAUGCAGGAGAUUAAGGAACACGAGUGGGUGACUGCGUUUGGCUUGGAGCCCUUACCCUCGGAGCAGGAGAACUGCCGCCUGGUGGAGGUCACGGACGAGGACAUGGCGCAAGUGGUCACCUCCAUCCCCAACCUCUCCACGCUGAUCCUCAUCAAGACCAUGCUCAAGAAACAUAGCUUCCAGAACCCGUUCACACGCAGCCGCGAAGGCAGCGCUGGACGGCGCGAGUCGGGCGCGGGGCGCGGCGCGGGGGACGCCACGCGCGCACGACGCGGGACACUCGCGCGCGCCGGGCGCUCGCACUCCGCGCCAGGGGACUACCUCACCACCAGGCAACAAUCGUUCGACAUCAACCUGGAGUCGGUAGAAGAGUCGCGCGACCAGAGCGUCGACGGGCGCGAGGGGGAGGCUCCCCCCUCCAGCCCCGCCCCGGCCCCCCCACCUGCGGCCGCCACCGCCCCCGCCCCCGCCCCCGCCACGCGCGUGCAGUCCGCGCGGUGAUAUUCCCCGCGCCGCGCCCCGCGGAGGAGCGCAUACAGUUUCGACAGGGAAGUCAAAUUGCUCAUGUUUUAACUGGAAGAAGACCUUGUAUAUUGUUUUGCCAUAGUCUACAUUAUGGCAUUUUGGAAAUAAAAAUUCUUCGGUCGCGCUCGCCGCGUCUGCAGAUUCGACAGGGAAGCGAAACUACUUGUUCUAACUGGAGGAAGAUUUCUUGAACCUUCUCUAUUAUUUAGCUUUAGUAUAGGAACCGGUUGUAGUAGGUCACAUGCAUUGCAGAGAACAACUUUUCAGUCAGCGGUGGCUACUGCUUUGACAGGGAAGUCAAACUACUCAUAUUCUAAACGGAGAAAGACCUUUUUUAAUAAUUAGCUAUAAUAAAACAAGCUCGUUGAUCCAAGCUAUUAUGGGAAAGGUAAACUUUUCAGUCCCACUCUCCAGCUCAUGGUUUAAUCAAUAAAAAUUGCUAUUUUUCAAUUUUGGUAUUCGAACUCAUUGAACGCAAGCGAUAUGGAAGAGAGAAUCCUUUCAGUCCCACUCCUCAGUUAGACAACGCUACCAACAACUAACAAUGCAAAUUUUUCGGACGAAUCACAAACGUUAAAUUGCAAUCUGAAUCGCUAUAUGUCUUAUAUUCUCCGUAUCAUCUUCAUGACCCCCUGAUACGUUACGUCCCGUAUGCAGUUAGCUUUAAAUUGCUUUAUUUUUGCUGCUUGAUUUAUUUUAAAGACAAUUUUAUUAGCAACAAAAAAACAAGGUCCAGUUAAAACGCAGGAUAGACACCUGGACUUAGCCAAGUUUUACCUGGUAAAUUAUGUUUAUUAUUGUUUAUUCCCGGUCUUCUCCAUUUCCUUUCUUUUCUUCCACUAUUCCCUUCACGAUGUUAUCAAAGCUUAAUCGUGUCAUUAAGGUGCCUGAACAUCCUUCUUCUGUUUACCAAAGUUUCAAGUUACGCUCUCUUUUUGUUCACCAUUUGUAAUGGUCUUUCGUUUGUUAUCCUUUUUAUAUUUUAUAUAGCCAGGAAGGCAAAUGACUCUAACCCACCUAAUAUUAAGUGGUAAUAAAGUUCAAAUGCGAAGAUAGCUGGUACAGCAGUUAUAAACUGCCACACCAACCAUCGUAACCUUGAAGGCCUGCAAAAAUGCUUCUUCACGCCUCUCUUAAAAGAACCAAGAUUGUAGGAAGGAGCGAACUCGUGAGCGGGCAGAGCAUUCCAUUUACGGAUAGUGCGACGAAGAACUGAGUCACCAAAUUUCUUUGUACGCGUUGGAAUUGUGGCCACAGUUAGAUGGUGACAACGUAGGCC